UUUGCUAGACCGACCUUACUGGGUGGUAUUUAAGAUAGCUAAAGACACGGUUCCAGAGUAUUCUUUCCUAGAAAAGCCUCUCUCUCUCUCUCUGGUUUUCUUGCUCUCCAAACACCCAAAACCCUAAUCUCCAAUGGCGACGAUCAGUCUCCGGAAGGGGAACACCCGUCUUCCACCGGAGGUAAACCGUGUGCUUUACGUUCGUAACCUUCCUUUCAACAUCUCGAGCGAGGAGAUGUACGACAUAUUCGGCAAGUACGGAGCGAUUCGGCAGAUACGAAUCGGGACGAACAAAGACACGCGCGGUACGGCCUUCGUGGUCUACGAAGAUAUCUAUGAUGCCAAGACCGCCGUCGAUCACCUUUCGGGCUUCAACGUCGCCAACCGUUACCUCAUCGUGCUCUACUACCAGCAGGCCAAGAUGAGCAAGAAAUUCGACCAGAAAAAGAAGGAGGAGGAGAUCGCUAGGAUGCAGGAGAAGUACGGAGUCUCUACCAAAGAUAAGUAGUGUUCUUACUCGUUUACCUGGAUUUCGUGUUCGGUUGGUGCGAGAUUGUAGAAUCGAAUUAGAGUUCUGUAAUUUGAAAUUGAAUGUCAUCUAGGGCUCUUUUUUUCUUUUUUGGUAUAAUGCAAUCUAAAAUUUGGGAUUUUGAGGACCUGCUAUGCUUUGCAUGGUUAAUGAAUUUAAAUUGAAUUUUAGGAUAAAGCUGGCUAGCUGUGGCUCUUAGUAUCUUUUUUAUUUUUUAUUUUUAUUUUUUUUGGUUUUUAACUGUAUCAGAAAAUUGAGGUAUUUUGUUAAGUGUAUAUAUAUAUAUAUAUAUAAGUAAUUUAGUGCAA